CCUUAUCUCUCUCCCCUUCACACUUCUCUAUCCACAUUCCCCUCCCCCUAUAUCUUAACCCAGCUACAACAAACUCUUCCUAUCUCUGAAUUUAGCUACAUCAAACUCUUCCCUUCAUCCAACAUAUUCUCGGGAUUCACCAAAAACAAGCCAUGCCCCCUGAAAACAACACCGGACAUAAACGUCGACGCUCCCCUAUGGAAAAGAAGAAAUCGAAGAAGCAGCGAAAGGCCAAAAAGCUCCAAACCAGAGCACAGUCCUCUCACGAAGACAAUAAGACAGCCGACGCACCAGAAAACACACUCACACCCACAACCACCACCUGCCCACGCAGCAACCUCUCCUCCAAAAACGCCGCCACAUACCGCCGCCUGGAGGAAAAGAUCCUUGCCGAAACCGAGAUCCUGCACGUCUACCUACGCGGCCUGCACAGCCUCCUGGCCCAGACCCCCGACGUGCACGAACAACACCAGAUCUGCCACGCCAACGCCAAAGGCAUCGCGGCGCAGUACGCGAUCUUAGGGGAUUUGAAGCUGGAGCUUAAGUACUUUGGCCGGGGUAUCGAGCUGCGGGCGGUAGAUAAAGCAGCGACAAUCAAAGUGCCUGAGUUGCCGCCGGGUCUGGCUGCUACCUGGGCAGAUGUGGUUGCGGCGUGGGGCCAGCCAGUCACGGAUCGUCUGCGGCGCGAGAACCACUCCGCCAAUCUCUGUCGCCAGAUUGUGUGGUUUGUCAACCGAAGGUUUGAGUGGGAGACUGUUGCGAACUUGCUGUCGACGGCGAUGGUCCAGCGUAUUGAGGGAUUUCGUCGCCCGAGUGUCCCAGUGUUGCUGCUCGCGGAUGCGAGAGCGGCGAGGGAACUGCCGCGGUCUAGUCCGGUGCUUGCUGCGGCUGAUGUUCUUCGGGUAGGCUGCAGGUUCGAUAAGUUUGGGUUGCUGGUACCGAUUUCGAGGGAGGAGCGUGAGUUGCGCGAGUUUCUGUGAGAUUGGGAUGGUUGGGUAGGAAGCGAUGGUAGUUGUUAGUUAAUGGAGA